AAUCUCUUCCACCGUAGAGAAGUCUUUCUCACAUACUCUCCGUCUUUGCAAAGGAAUACCCAAUGGCGGAUGCAUUUCUUGGUGCCACUAUACAGUUUCUAGAGGGGAAAGUAAUAACCUUGGCUUCCCAGCAGAUUAGCCUUUCUUUAGCCUUUAAGAGAGAUUUGCCGAAGCUGAAGAAAACACUUACCAAGAUCCAAGCUGUUUUUCGUGAUGCAGAGCAAAAGAAAGUCACCCUCGAGUACGCGAAGCUUUGGCUGAAGGAACUUGAAGACGUGGCUUUUGAUGCUGAUAACUUGUUGGAUGAUCUCAAUUAUGAAAUGAUUCUACGCAAAGUUGAGAUUCAGAAACAGGUGAAGAGGAAGGUAUACUUCUCUUUGUCACUCUUCAAUCCCAUCACAUCUCGUUUCAAUAUCGCAUAUAGAAUUCGAACGGUCACUAUGGAAUUGAAAAGAAUUAAUGAAGAAGCAAAGGGCUUUGGCCUCCGGUCACAAAAUGGAGGAUUUAUGAAGAACAGAGAGACUAACUCUGUUACUAUUGAUUCAAGCUUUGUUGGAAGAGAUGAUGACCUCUCGAUGAUAGUGACAGGGUUGACUGCUGCGAGUAAAAAUGAAAUAGUCCUGGUUCUUCCUAUAGUUGGCAUGGGCGGGAUUGAAUCAUUGCAAGUCUGAAAACCUGAAGCUGAGGGUCAAGAAGCCAGAGUCAAGCUGCUAAAAGAGUUAUCGGAUGAUAAAAGGUAUCUAUUGGUCCUUGAUAAUGUGUGGAAUGAGCAAGCCACACUAUGGAAUGAUUUUCUUGGGUCUUUGAAAGGUAUCAGCUCAUCCAAGGGGAAUUCCAUUCUUCUAACCACCCGUCAGCAACAAGUGGCAGCCAUGACAAGAAUUUCUUCUUCUCCAUGUUCUUUGAAAAAAUUGCCAGAUGAUGAAUGCUGGCUCAUUCUCAAAGAAAAUGCAUGUGGUGUUGGGGAAGUGCCGGAUGGACUGCAAGACAUAGGAUACGAGAUUGCACAAAAAUGCCAAGGUGUACCAUUAGCUGCAAGUGUAGUCGGCUGGAUAUUGCGCAACAAGGGAAGUGAUGAAAGGCUUUCAAUUUUGGAGACUGGCCUUCAAAAUUUAGGUGGAGAUGAAAAGUUGAGCCUUCAUCAUCUUCCAUCUCCAUCGCUGAAAAAGUGCUUUGCAUACUGUUCAAUUUUUCCCAAAGACAUUGAAAUAAAUAGUAGUCAGCUACUUCCAACUUUGGGCAGCAGAAAGAUUUCUUCAUUCAAAUCCAAGAAACAAUAUGGAGAUGGAGGAAGUUGGAGAAAUGUUUUUUUUCGAUUUUGUUGGAAACUAACUUGUUGCAAGAUGCUGUGAGGGAUGAGUACAGGAAUGUUUUGAAUUGCAAAAUGCAUGAUCUUGUGCAUGAUUUGGCAUUAUCCAUCUUCAAUUAUAAAGCCUUAAGGUUGAAAGGAACUAGAACAUAUUACGACGAGACCCUUUCUAUUCGGUAUCUUGCGACGGAGAAUGGUGACGAAGAAAUACCAUUUCCUUUGCAUGAGAGUUUCAGGUACAUUACGACAUUAUUCUUGUCUGAAAGCAGAUUAAUCACUUGAGCAUCUCAUUUUAUCAAACAUUUUGAAUCUAAUGGAACGGAUGGAAGCAGCAUUUCAUGAUGAAAAAGAUGAUGGUAUUUCCUGUUCUUGAGAAGUUAGAGAUUAAGAAUUGUACGCAAUUAGCCAUUGCUCCAAGUCAUUUUCUGAUUCUCAAGGAAUUUCAUGCCAAGGACAUCAAUCAUGGAUAAACCAUAAUAGCAAAUAUUUGCAGUCGAAUCAGCGCUUUUACCAGUCUGUCAAUUUGGAAUGUCAAAGAGCUCACCAAGCUACCAAAUGGGUUAUUCCAAAAUAAUCCGAAUCUUGCAUUUUUCAAGUUGUACAAUUGCCAUGAGUUGGAGCAGUUGUUGGAUUUCAGCUCUGGUGUUCAAAUCCAAAAUUGCCAAAUAGUACCUGAGUUGAACCAAUCAUACAGUAAUGUUGACAAUAUUAAUUCUCAAGAUCUGGUUGGUCUUAGUUCACUAGAGAAAUUAUAUAUUAGUUUAUGCCCCUCCCUGAAGUCGAUUUCAAUCCCUAGGGGAGCCCAAUACCUCAUUGCCUUUCGAGAAUUAUGUAUUCACAGCUGCAGUGGGUUAACCCAUUUGUCAAUCCCUAAAAUAUGGGGGGCUAGACUCUGAGUCCUGCUCUUCUUCAUCCUCCAAUGCUUGUUCUUUUCUUGAGCCAUUUUGAAACUAACACAUAGUUUUAUAUUUUGUAUGAAAACAUUCAACUAUAGUUCACAAGUCUUCUUAGUAAAAAGGGAGGAAAUAUCCGUAUUCUAAUACUCCAAUUUUAUAUCUUUUCUAGUAGAUUUAGACCGAACACCUUCCUUCUCUAUUCUAGAUAUACUAUUGGAAAUUAGUUUGUAGUAUGAAAAUUGAUCAAGACUUGUAACAUGAUUUUUCUUAUCAUGUCUAGGAGUUUGAUUCAUGAAUUUCCUAUAAAGUUCAUUGGUAUUUUGACGUAUCUUCUCAAGUUUAUUAGUUCAUUUAUGGAACCACUUAAUUCAUGUAUUUGAUGUACUAAAUUCAUAAAUGGUUAUUAAGUGAAGAUACAUCUUCACAUUGAUGUGUCUUCUCACGUUCAUUAGUUCAUGAAACUACUCAAUUAAUGUAUUUAAAGUACUAAAUUCAUGAAUGGACAUUAAGUGAAGAUACAUUGUUGUAUCUUCUCAAAUUUAUUAGUUCAUAUAUUUGGUGUACUCUAUUCAUAAAUGGACACUAAAUGAGAUUCAUGUACUUUAACUCUUGUAUUGCCUAUAAAUAGAGGUAGUUUAACUUCUCUUGUGACAACUUAUGCUGACACUAUCUUAGAUUUGCAAAACCAACUUCUUACAUCCUUUUCUUAUGAAAACUAAGCUUACACUUGCUAUAGGCUAGUUUUCGUUUCCAUUGUAUUCUAGAGGUAAUAUACCAUCUCAACCCGAUUAGCAGGACUUGAAAAUUCUCUUGAAUUCUCAAAAAAUUAGUUUAGUCAAGUUUUUGAUAUUAUCCUUGUAAUAACUUUGCAAUAGGUUCAUAGACUUGUAAUUCCCACUUCUUACAUCCUUUUUUUAUGAAAACUAAGCUUACACUUGCUAUAGAUUAGUUUUCGUUUCCAUUGUAUCCUAGAGGUAAUAUACCAUCUCAACCCAAUUAACAGGACUUGAAAAUUCUCUUGAAUUCUCAAAAAAUUAGUUUAGUCAAGUUUUUGAUAUUAUUCUUGUAAUAACUUUGCAGUAGGUUCCCAUAUUUCUCUAACACAUUCGUCAAUGUGACAAAUGACUUAAUUUCCCCCAAAGGGAAUGUUGUUUCUCUUACAAGGUUAAGAGGGUUGGAAAUUGGACCCUUCUCAGAAAUCAUGGAUCUGCAUUCGUUCCUAGACCUCUUCAAAACUCUCCGACCACAGCACCACUUGCCCUCCCUUUGGCAUUUAAGUUUGUAUGAAAACUUCAGCACGCCUCCUCCUUUGAAAUUCUUGAUUUAGAAGUUUUUGCAGUAAAAUCAUUGCCCGAUUGGUUUGGGAAGCUUUCGUCACUUGUACAACUCGGGCUCGACUAUUGUGAAACGCUAGAGAGUUUGCCUUCCAACCAAUCAAUGAGAAGCCUCGCCAAACUAAGAUGGCUGCGGAUUGAAGGUUGUCACCCUCUACAGGAAAGAUGCAAUCCAGAGAGCAGCCGCAGCAGCAACGCCCCCAAUUCUGAGUGGUCCAAGAUAUCCCAUGUUCCUGAAAUCACCAUUGAUGGUUAGCAAAUUGAAGGAAUCUCUAUGUAAAGUUCAUGCUAAUGUAAAUUUCCCAAUUAAAGAUCCUCUGAAUUCCUCUAUAAGUUUCUUUCAUCAUUUCCUCCUCAUACUCUUUCUGCUAAACAAUUGAUGCAAAAGAUCUUGCUUGGCCCUGUGAACUUUUUUGCUGAGGUGUAUGUGUGAGAGAGAGAUUAAUAUUUUAUUUUUCCGGAUGACUAUUCAUUUGUGGUC